CAACGAGCACCGGGCCGAGCGCUGACCCCCGCCUGCUGCCUUGCAGCCAACGGGAAGCCGCCAUGCUGAGCCGGCAGGGAGCGCCCAAUCACCGCUGUCCUUUGAAGGCCCCCGGGGUCAUGAACAGCCCGGGAGACCCUCCGGGACGGGGCUGGCACCGCUCCCGCUGAUCCUGGGUGAGAUCCUGCGGCUUCUUCCUGUGUCCUCUGCUCCUGCAUCCACCCCCAAGCCCGAAUCCCGAAUCCAAGCAAGCACAGGCCUCUAGAAAGGCUGUAGGACACAGGCUGCAAAUUACAAAAGCAACCUAAGGACUUCAAGAUGACAGGAAGAGAGUUUCUUGAACUAGCUCCUCCACACCAGAACCUAUAUUUGGAAAGACUUAAGCGGAUGGAAAUCAUACAGAAGACAUUCAGUGAGCUUCCUAAAGCAGAUCAGAACCUCUGUAAUCAUGGAUCAUACUUCCUUGCAGCAAAUGCAAGCAUAUGUGGCUUAGCAGCAAAUAAUUUCUUCCGAAACAUCCUCCAUGUCAGAAAGGCUGCUGUGGUGUCUGCUGUGCCCAUGGCUGUUAUUCCAUUUAUUUCAACAGCAGCAAUUUAUGAAGUUUUUGUGCGUGAGCCUUUAUUUGCAGGUGGCCUAAACUGUGAGGUGUGUGCUGUGGUCAGAGGAGGACUGAUUGGGGCUGCUGUGGGUGGGCUCUACCCUAUUCUCCUGGCUCUCCCCAUGAACGCAAGCCUCGCAGCCAGGUUUUCUUCAUCUCCCUUGCCAGGGAAAGAAAAUCUAUUACGCUUCUGGCUUACAACUGCUCAGCCUGUCUUUAGAAAGAUGAGUUGGGGUGUACUUGUACAGCUUCUGACUGGAUUGUAUCUUGCCACUAAACAUCAUGGAAUAUAUGUCAAAGUACUGCAGCAGAUGAAUGCUGGCAGGAGGGAUCCUGAAGAGUUAGAAGCAUGAAGUUAAACAGCUUUUCAAUUGCCUUGGAUAAGUAACCAUAAUAAACAAAGAAAAG